AUGGCUCCCGACCACCAAGGAAAGGCUGGGCCAAGAGAUUAUCCCCUCUCUCCCCACCAGCUCCUCUCUAUGGCUGGGACACGGCUGGAGCCUGCCAGGGGAGGAGGAUGGCAGGGAGUGGGCAGGAGGGAGGGCAGCAAACGGGGGGUGGGGAGGUCGGGGUCAGGCGGUUUGACUCCCCCCUCCCCAGCACCUUCUUUCUUCCAUUUGCUGAUACAUCUUAUCUCAUUUAUAAAAUUCCCUACUGAUGUGGAGACCAAAAGAAAGUGGGUGCUGGCAGUGAAGAGGCCAGGCAUUUGGGAGCCUAAGAAAGCAGAUGUGCUAUGUUCACGCCAUUUCAAGAAAUCUGACUUUGAUACAAGAGGUCCCAACAUCAAACUUAAGCCUGGAGUUGUACCUUCUAUUUUUGAAUUUCCUUCUCUCUUACAGAGUAAAGGUGAAAGAGGUCAUGGCAGAAGACAUUCUCCCCUGAAAACUUUGCCGGUGACGAUUCACAACCACCAGCUUGUGGAUGCUGCUUCUUGUACAGGGGGAUUUCAAUCUCAGCUUGUGUUGGAGCACAGUUACAGCAUAAUGGACAGUCCAAAGAAACUGAAAUGUAAAUUAGAUCAGGUAAUCAGUGAGCUUGAAGAUGCCAAGGAGAGUCUGAGGACUGCUUUAGACAGGGAUCAACAACGCAGAGAAUCACUGAAGGCAGUGAUCAAAGACCUGGAAGAUAAAGGUGUAAUCAGCCCUGAUGUAGCCUGUAAACUGGACACUUAUUGCUGGGAGUGGUAUAAGGAGGGCAUUCAGGAGAAGACUGUCUGCGGAAUUAACUGAAUAGCCAUAACCUUUUCUCAGGCUCAGUGUUCAUUGUUAGACUAUUUUAGACAGAGCAUCAUCAACCUGCAGUGAAGAGGAUCAAGUAGAUCUCUGAAGUAGCCAAAAGUUUGUCCAAAGAUACCAUCUGUACAAGAUUCUCACUCCUGUGUCACAGCUGCCUUACCCAAGAUAUGAGGAGCUCCUCUGCCUCAUGGCAUUUUGGUCUCUGAAAUUUGCUUUAAUGGCCAUGAGGUUGUGCGUGUAAAACACAAUGUAAUUUCCAAACAAUUCUUGGGUUAGAGUGGAAAGCUCCACUGCUAGGUUCGUUGACACGUUAAGGCACCUUGAGUUUAGAUUUGAUAGUUUGGAAAAAUAAUAAUGCCCUAAUGCUAUAAAUCAAGUUUAACAGGAGGGUACUGCAAGCCAUUGAUUUUGAGUUUAGAAGGGAAGAGGGCAUAUUUAAUGAGCACCUUAUGGCAAGAAGUCCAGCAUCCUCCUAUUGGUGUAAGUAGGAAAAAGGGGGAAAGAUUGGGCGUGCUUGUUCUUACAGAAUAGAAGAGUGUAAAGCUAGCUAAAAGAAAAAGGCAUAGCAUGCUUGGUGGAGAAGACACUAAAUAGUUUUGCAGUUUCAGCUUCUGUAGCAAAUAAUUUGCAGUCCAAAAUCGGAGUAAAUGCAAGGGUAGGAGUCACUGUUUUACAGAGUAAGCCUUUUAUUGCUUUCAGCUGUACAAAGUACAUGCAUUACACAUUAACAGUGCUAGUGUCUUUCCUCCUGUACUAGUUUAG